AUGCAGUCAACCGUUCUGCUGCUGGGCCUGUUUGCGGCUUCCAUCCCCGCCGUGCCUCUCGAUCAGCAGCCGUUGGUUGCCGAUUUGAGCGGAGAUGCGCAAAUUUCUUCCGAACUCCUGGGCGCCUCGCCAAACACCCUUCAUGGUCGCUUUUUGCACAUCACCGAUUUCCAUCCCGACCGAUACUACAAAGCCGGCUCCGCGAUCGACGAGGGCAAGCGCUCAUGCCAUCACGGCAAGGGGCCCGCGGGAUACUUUGGCCAGGAGGGCUCCGAAUGCGAUUCCCCAAUAACCCUCGUGAACGAGACAUUCCGCUGGAUUGGGGAAAACCUGAAGGAUCAAAUCGAUUUCGUGGUCUGGACGGGUGAUUCGGUUCGCCACGACAACGAUGAGCACAUCCCCCGCACGGACGACGAGAUAGUGGAAGUCAACGAGUUCAUGUCCCAGAAAUGGCUAGAGCUCUUUGGGAAGAGGAAGAACCCCACCGGACCGGGGAGUAUUCCACGAGUGUCCGUCCCUGUUAUACCUACGUUCGGCAACAACGAUAUUACACCACACAACAUCUUCAGGGCGGGCCCAAAUAGCUGGACUAGGAAGUUCGCUGAAGUCUGGCACCACUUCAUCCCAGAGGACCAGCGACACAGCUUCGUCGAGGGCGGCUGGUUCCUGAGCGAGGUCAUCCCGGGCAAGUUGGUGGUCAUCAGCCUGAACACGAUGUACUUUUUCGAAUCCAACAGUGCGGUGGAUGGAUGUAACGGUAAAUCACAACCCGGCUACGAGCACAUGGAGUGGCUGCGCGUGCAACUGCAGUUCUUGCGGAGUCGGGGCAUGAAGGCUAUUCUCACGGGUCACGUUGCUCCCGCCCGCUCUCGAGAGAAGAACAACUGGGAUGAGACCUGUUGGCAGAAAUACACUCUGUGGACGGACCGUUACCGCGAUGUCAUCGUGGGCGGUCUUUACGGACAUAUGAAUGUCGACCACUUUAUGCUGCAGGACAGCCACGAUGUCGAAAUUGAGGGGGCGGAGAAAACAACGAGUGGCCCGGUCACUACCAUGUCCAAGGAGGAUUAUCUUGUAUCCCUUCGAAACCAAUGGUCCGAGUUGCCCUCGCCCCCAUCUGGCGUUUUUGAAGACUUGACCACGAUGGAUGAAUCGACUGAAGUUGGCCCAGCCAAAAAUGGCAAAAAGAAGGGGAAGAAGCGGCGCAAGUAUUUGAAAAAGAUCGGUGGUGAAUGGGCUGAGCGGUACAGUGUGUCUCUGGUCUCACCAAGUGUGGUGCCGAACUUUUUCCCAACUCUCCGUGUGAUCGAGUACAACAUUACUGGAUUGGAGAAUUCCGUCUUUGAAGACCAGUUCAACUACCUGGAUACCGAUGAUUCAUCCCUCCUCGCUAUGGAGGAACCUUCUCCGGAAACCCAAAAGAAGAAAAAGAACAAGCACAAGAAAAAGCCGGAUUUCAAAAUUCCGGACGGUCCAUCGCGUUCUGCUCCUCCGGGCCCUGCAUACUCCAACCAACCCUUGACGUUCCUCAGCUGGACUCAAUACUUUGCCAACCUGACUCAACUCAACCAUACGGUCGGCUCCGAGGGCGAGGAGCCUCGCAUCAAAUACGAAAUCGAAUACUCAACAAGAGACAAAGGUGUCUGCCAAAUGAAGGACUUGACCGUGAGAAGCUUCCUGGAGCUGGCUACGCGCAUCGGAGAAGAUGGCGCGGUCUCAAAGGACGUCGAAUCUGAUCCGACAGUGAACAAGAAGCAAAAAGUUAAUGAGGCGUGGCGCACAUUCCUCGCUCGAGCGUUUACGGGGUUUAUAGAUGUGGAUGAUUUAGACGUGGACAUGGAAAGUCCGGUACAAUAA